UCCACAAAACUCGUACCACCGCCUAUCGGCCUUCUGCCAAUGGACAGGUGGAACGAUAUAACCGAACCCUUAUGGAUGCAGUCAGAUGCUUUAUAGGUAAAGCUCAGAAUAAUUGGGAUCAAUUUCUUCCACAGAUAGCCAGCGCUAUACGGGCUACAGUAAACCGAAGUACAGGUUUCACCCCGAAUCGGCUAAUGUUGGGAAGAGAGGUUAAUCAGCCGGCGGAUUUAAUGUUCCCCCUUCCUUUGUCACAGCAGAGGCAGAGCCCGGAUGAGUAUUGCCGUAACCUGUCCGAAGCCAUGCGGAAAUCUCAUGACACGGCACGGGCCAAGCUUAAGUCAACUCAGGCCCGGAUGAAGCGUGACCAUGAUGUUAAAGUAAACCUUAAGUCUUUUAAGGAAGAUGAUUGGGUUUAUUUUUUGGACUUGGCCUCCGUUAAGGGUAAGAGUAAGAAACUCUGUCCUCCUUGGAGGGGGCCGGCCCAGGUUAUUACGUGUUUAUCCCCUUAUCUGUACCGGGUUAGGUUUAAGAAGGUUUUAAUGGUACUCAAUCAUGAUAGGUUGAAAUUAUGUCGGGAUCGAGUCUUGCCGACUGUGGGGGGAUCACGGCUCAAUAAGGAGGCUUAUUGCCUUUGUAGGAAGCCAGAUGAUGGUCGUCUCAUGAUCGAGUGUGACAGGUGCCUGGAAUGGUAUCAUGGGGCAUGUGUGAAUAUUUUGCCGGCAGAUGCGGUGGCUAUAGGAACUUAUGUGUGCCCCGUGUGCAGAGCGGCAAGGAAAAGGUAAAUCUGGUUUUGUUCCAUUGUCUUUACUUUUUAUAUAUGUUUAUGUCGAUAUACUUUACUCAUUUCUAACACAUUGUUGCCGCAUUUUGGCCCUAACUUUAAAUAUGACUCCUUUCAGCUCCAUUUACGAAAUAGAAGAGCAUUUCUUAGUGAAUUAACUUGUUUAAAUCAGCUGAUUAAUUUAGGGCUGAGCGUUAAAAUGAAUUGUAUUGUUAAAAUGCGCAGUAUACUUGUUCAUGAGCCAGUCAGUGUAUGUCAAUGAUGAACUAAUAAGGAUUUCUCUCCUUUCUCCCCAGUGGUUUUAGGGUUUCUCUUUUGACAUGGGCCCUCCUAAGCGGCCAGUAAGCUCCUGGGCCAGUAAUCUUCCCCCAAGGAAGAAAAGGCAAGCUGAGGAUGCCAGACCAGAGGGCGGCUCCAGCAACAGACCAGGUAACCUCCUGGAAAGGAGGAAGCGCUAUCGUCACGAACAAACAUGCCCCUAUCCCGCUUGCGCGAUCAGGACGGUGCAUGUUAAAUUUCAUGUGUAUGGCCAUCUUCCUAACCUUGCUUUCGUACCACUAGGUAUUAACCCUCCGUCUGCCGAAUUGCUUCGGCUGCGAGGGGAGUUCUUGCGGUGGGUGGCCACUCAGUUUGUGGGGGAUGGGCGGGACCCGGUUGGGAGAUUGGUGGCCUACGUCAAUCAGGACUUUCGUCCUAGCCGCCCUUUUAUUGCGUCGGAGGUAGAGAGAGCCCUUAGAGCGCAAAUCGAAUUUGAGGGAUGGCCUAUGCCGUCUUCUUUUUCUAUCUCUCCUCUCAACUCUCCUGCGUGUCUCCUACACUGGAGGGUGUUGGUGCAUUUGCACCUGAAGCUUUCUCCUUCUUUGCGGGCAACCUUUUUCUCCUGGGGUUCCCCGUCUACUUUUCCUGUCUCUUCUGCCCCUGUGGUGAUUCCUCCUCUUCUCUCGGUUGGGUCUGUGCCUUCUUUCGCACAGGUUGCCGCUGACUCUCAGUCGGCUCCUUCUAGCUCUCUUCUCCCUGUUUCUUCUGUUUCUGAUGCUACUUCUCCCCCUGUCAGUGCUUUUCCUCCUCUGAUCUCUGCUGGGUCCGUGCCUUCUUCUGCACAGGUUGCCGCUGCCUCUCAGUCAGCUCCUCCCAGUGACCAGUCAGGCUUGUUGUCUGGUUCUGUUACUUCUCCGUCUCUUUUCAUGAGACCGACUAUUCCUGUUUCUAGGAUGCCGGCUCCUCAGGCACCUAUUUUUCGUCCUAUCCUUAUGCCUUUUCUUCGACCCCCGGUUCGACCUUCUCGUCUCCCUUCCACUGUCACUUCUGCUCCUUUGUUUCCAUCACCAGGUUCAGUGGGACAAGCGCCUCAGCUGAGCUCUGCUGCACCUGGUCUUCUGCCUUUCAUUCGUCCUUCCACUGUCACUUCUGCUCCUUUGUUUCCAUCACCAGGUUCAGUGGGACAAGCGCCUCAGCUGAGCCCUUCUGCACCUGGUCUUCCGCCUUCCAUUCAUCCUCCCACUGUUGCUUCUGCUCCUCCUGCUCCUGUUCCUAUCGAUUUGAUUCAAUUCGAUUCCCCUUCUCUUGCUCAACCUAGUCCUCUCGAUCCGGCUAGUUCUAUCGGGCCACAGAUUCCUGUGCCCCCGUUCUCUUGUGAACAGCCACAGGCUCCUACUGGGCCACAGGCUCCUGUGCCCGCUUCUCUUCCUUUCGCUCCGGUUAUCUCUCCUCUUCCGGCUACUUCUACUGUGCCCUCUUCUCUUCCUUUCGCUCCGGCUACUUCUACUGUUCUUCCUCCUUACUCUAGAAGUCGUUCCCCCCUAGUCUAUCCUGUGGGAGACUUGCCGGAUACAGUUCAACGGCUCGUCCGCGAGGACAUGGUGCCGGCUCCUUUCUCUUCAGUUCUCGUGAAUGGUUUUGAUAGCCAUUUUCAUUUAGAUCGCAUGAUGGAUACCAUCGCGAGGAAAGGAGAUCAAAUUUGCUUUCCUCGCCCAGGUAUGAAGUUGGUGGGUGGUGUGGUUAAUUUCUGUGACCCGCAGUUUUUCGAUCGGGCCCUCCGUCUCAUUCCGCUUCUCCCUCUUUUCCAUAUCGCCGUCGGGGUACAUCCGAAGUGUGUAUCUAUGCUCACUGAUGACGGCUGGGCUAAGUUGGAGUGCUUAUUCUCAUGUCCCAGGGUUACGGCGGUGAGCGAGCUUGGGAUCGAUUAUUUUCGUGUUCCCCAGCCCGAAUGGCCCAAGCAGUGGGCAUUGGUCAGAAGAAUCCUGGGUUUGGGUUGUAGGAAUAUGGUGUUGGUCCUACACCUGAGACCAGCCCAGGGCGAUCCGUGUGGCCAUCACCUGCACGGAGAGUUCAGGGACCUUCUGGGGCAGUUCUGUGGGCGUCACCAGCACAUCCACAUCCACAAUUUCACCGGUGAUGCCCAAGAAUUGGAUGCAUGGAUGGCUGCCUUCCAGAAUGUGUAUGUCGGGGUGUCGGGCCUGGCUGUUUCAUUCAAUCCGGCCCAAGUAGAUAUGGUCCGUAGUGUUCCCUCCCACCGGCUCCUCUUGGAGACUGAUUCCCCGUACCUGGCUGUUUUCCCGGGUGCGUCGGUCAACACCCCCUACUUGUUAGAGGAUGUUGGCCGACUAGUAUCCCGAAUUCGGGGGCAGCCUUUUAGGGCGGUGAUGAGGCACUCCACAGAGAAUGCCCAGAGAUUAUACUCUGGGUUUGCAUGCCUGGUUUUGCCUUAAUUUAAUGUAAUACCCCGGUUAAUCCCUUACGCCUGUGCCGGAUAUUUUGCAAUAUUUUAUUAUGUAUGACUAUUUUAACUGCUAUUUUUGGUCACUUACACUUACACCGGCACGGUAAGGGUUAACUGGUAUAUUUCUGUUUCUGUUUCUUUAUAUUCUUGAUCCCUGGGACUUUCCCGGGACUUGAAUCCUAUUUUAGGAAUUAAGGAUACCAAGCUAGGGACGUUAGGAUGUUUCUGGUUUUCAGCAUUAUAUACUAGCUGAAAUUCCCAUGAGUAUUUUCCUUUGGGAACGGGUGUUUUUGUAGUCUUAACCAUGGCUCGUCUGUAACCAGAAUGGAGACCAUUAUUACUAUGGGAUUGACCAUUUAUAUUGUAUGAGUGUAUAUUCCAUUAUUACUAUGGGAUGGACCAUUUAUAUUGUGUGGGUGUAUAUUUCAUGUACCAUUAUGGCUAAGGGAUUGGCUAGUUAUAUUAUAUAAUUGUAUAUUCAUGCACCGUCCUGGUUGUCUUUAUAUGUAGCCGUUUGGCUCUUCCCCUUUUCGGCGCGCAUGUUACCAUUCUGUAUUUCUACCUAUGAGAUUGCUCAGUCUCUGUAUACAAGUACUUCAUAUAAUGUUUCCCAUACCACAUUUUGGAAUGCAGCUCUAUUAUUACUAUGCUCUUUUUCUACCUAUGAGAUUGUUCGGUCUCUAUAUACAUGUACUGUACAUAAUGUUUCCUGUACCGGAUUUUGGAAUACAGUACUUAUUAAGAUAUGAUAAAGGCGCCUGCCUCCUGGAAAGACCAAAACUUCACCGGUGCUGGCAAGAAGGGUCUUUGACUCAUCCACCAGCGGGAACGGCGUGACCCCGCACUGCGGUACGGGAGUAGUUUUAAGUUAGUUUUAGGUUAGUUUUAGUUAGAAGUAGGCUUCAAACUCAUUAAGUGGGGAAUAAUGUAGUGAUUCAGCCUGAGCCACUACGGCUCUGGCGGCAUAUGCGCGUAAGUCCCGCAUUAGGCGACACCCGCGGUAGUUUCCGCGGGCGUGCUUAUCACUGGGAACGUGAGAUUGAACCUGAGACUGCACGCGACAAACACUGUUGAUUGCCCGUCUCUUCUGUCUCUUCGGUCUACUACUACUAGCGACGGUGGAGCUCCACUCAACGAGCAACACUUCAAGCGCUUCUUGAGACAGACUUCAAGCAGUAUAGUAUACAGCCUAUGGUA